AUGGAUGAGGACCUAUCAAAUGUGCGGUACACUUUCAAAGGUGAAUGGAAAGAAGUGGAAAAUUGCAAAGUAACAGAAUUCCUAAUAACCUAUUUUGCUGUGGAUGGAAGUAUAGAAUUGUUUGAUAUUAAGAAACACCGCCUAUUCUUGAAAAGAAAUAAAUGCCAUAAAGUGGCUUUGAAAGACCUAUUUGUUGGCAAUUCAGUGAAUAUAUUCAGUCGCCAAAUCAUCAUAACAGAUUAUGGCGACAGUACGACACAACAGCGGCUAUCAGUGAAGAUGCAGAAGACCUUUGGUUUAAUUAAGCCAAACCAGAUACGUAAUCUUGGUGCCAUUCUGGAGGCAGUGCAAGAGGGAGGCUUUACAGUUAGUCGCAUGCGCAUGAUAAAUCUGACUAGAGAUCAAGGGUUAGAUGUUUACAGAGAGAUGAAAGAAACUGCUCAGCAAAGUGAAAUGGUCACUCACCUUUUGUCUGGACCAGUUGUUGUACUUGAACUACUAGGUAACAGUGCUAUCCAAAGUUGGUCUGAUUUUGUUGGACCAAUGGAUCCUGAUGAUGCAAGGAAAACAUUCCCAGCAAGCUUGAUAGCACGUUACGGACAGGAUUGUAUAAAGAAUGGCUUUUAUGCUUCCAACAAUCCUGAAGAAGUUGAGCAUCUGCUCAGUAACUUUUUUCCUGAGAGGGGCAACAAUACUCCAUAUCCAGUCACAUCACUGGCUUGUAAACUUAAAAAUUCCACUUGCUGUAUAGUAAAGCCUCAUGCUUUUCAAAUGGGUUUAUUAGGACCAAUUAUUUCGGCAAUUCAGAAAAAGGGUUUUGAGAUAUCAGGACUGCGGUUGGUUCUUUUAGAUCGGUCUGCUGCAGAGGAAUUUUUGGAGAUAUAUUGUACUAUAUUGCCAGAGUACCCUGCUAUGGUAACACAGCUUUCUAGUGGAUCCUGCGUAGCCAUGGAAAUAUCUGGGAAGGAUAAUAACGUUCCAACUGUAUUUCGAGAGUUUGCUGGACCAUCAGAUCCUGACCUUGCAAAAAAGUUACGCCCGGACAGUUUGAGAGCGCGCUUUGGUGUGGACAAAAUAAUGAAUGCUGUUCACUGCACAGACUUGCCCGAUGAUGCUGAGUUAGAGUUGGAAUAUUUCUUUAGGCUUUUGUAAUUCUCUUAGAGUCUCACUCAUAUAAUGUCACUAUAAAUUGAAAAAAGUACUGUACAAAUGCCAUGAGUUUUAAAAAAGAUAUAAUACAUUGAUAAUAAAGUUCAUCAUUCAACAUUAA